AUGGCCUUGGGGCUCUUGAAAGCCAGGAGAGAAGAGACAUUCGUGUCAUUCCAUGAGGUGGCUGUGGACUUCACCCAGGAAGAGUGGCAGCUGUUAAGUCAUGCUCAGAGGACCCUGUACAGGGAAGAGAUGCUGCAAAACUACAGCAACCUAGUCUCCUUGGGAAUUUCAUUUUCCAAACCAACACUUGUCAUUCUGCUAGAGUACGGAGAAGAGCCCUGGAAAGAGGAGAGAGGACAGCAGCCCAGCCCCUGUUCAGCAGAUCCAAAGCCAGAAAUUCCACCUUAUUCCUCCUCCAUUCUGGUCUUCUGUGGUCAGCAAUUACAUCAACAUGUGCUGCAUGACCAUCACCUUCCAAUCUGUCCAGGCUUGUUUGCAGGAACCCCCCAAAGAGCAGAUCUCUGCCCAGCAGGUCAGAAGCAGCAGCUGCAGCUAUUCUCUUACGAAAGCUUCUGGGGCGACAGAGUGGAAGGUGAAGACAGAGAAGGUGGCUCCAAAUCUUUGUUUGGGAGGACAAGGGAGAGAGUUACUUCAAGAACUUUCUCCAGCCCAUCUGAAGAACAGCUAUUAAGAUCAAGAGAAAGCAAGACAGUGAAGGAAAUAAGGUUCAGCUCAUCUGGGAAGCCAAAACCUUUAGAAACAGACAAAGCAUUAAAGUGGGUAGAAAUCUCGGGAUUUGAAGUAGUCAUUUGUGGAAAUUGUGGGCUCGGCUUUAACCAGAAAUCGACUCUCUUUAGUCGUCAGAGGAUUCUCUUAGGAGGAAAGCCUUGUUUCUGCAGUGAGUGUGGCCGAAGCUUUAGCUAUAAAUCAACUCUCAUCACACACAAGAGAUCACACACGGGGGAGAAGCCUUACCUCUGCAGAGAGUGUGGGCAAACCUUCAGCCAGAAGUCAAACCUAGUCACACACAAGAUGGCACACUCUGGGGAAAAGCCCUUUGCAUGUGAGGAUUGUGGGCAAAGCUUUAGCCAGAAGUCAAUCCUCAUCAGACACCUUCGAACACACUCAGGGGAGAAGCCCCUUGUGUGCCAGGAGUGUCGGCAAGGCUUCAGGGAUAAGUCAAACCUUAUCACACACCAGAGAACCCACUCCUGGGAGAAGCCUUACGUCUGCAGGCACUGUGGGAGGCUUUUUCGAGAUAAAUCCACUCUCAGCAACCACCAGAGGAUUCAUUCAGGGGAGAAUCCUCAUUUGUGCAAUGAAUGUGGCUGGAGCUUUAGUCAGAAGUCAUAUCUUGUUAAACACAAGAGGACACACUCAGGAGAGAAGCCUUUUGUGUGUCGGGAGUGUGGGUGAGGCUUCAGUGAUAAGCCUAAGUCUACUCUCAUUGCACACCAGAGGACACACUCAGGAGAGAAGCCUUUUGUGUGUGGGGAAUGAGGGCAAGGCUUGCGACAGAAGUCACAACUCAUCAGUCAUCAGAGGACACGCUCUGGGAAGAAGGCUUAUGUUUGCACUGAGUGUGGACAAGGUUUUAGCCAGAAAGCAAAUCUAGUCAGACACAAGCUGACCCACUCCAGGGAGAAGUCCUUUGAGUGCAUUGAGUGUGGGCGAGGCUUUGGCCAGAAGGCAGCCCUCCUAAGCCAUCAGAGGGCACACUCAUGGGAGAAGCCCUAUGUAUGCAGGGAGUGUGAGCGGGGCUUCACUGAUAAGGCGACCCUCAGCACUCAUCAGAGGACACACUCGGGGGAGAAGGCUUAUAUUUGCAGUAAGUGUGGGGAAGGCUUUCGGCUGAAAUCACUCCUCAUUAGACACAGGAGGACUCACUCGUUGUAG